UACAUAUGUACAUAUGUGAAAAUUGCUUUGUUGUUUAAAUACAAACAUUAAUUAAGAAGCAGCAAAAUGACUCUGGAUGCAAACAAGAAGGAUGAAAAACUGCUCACAACAAUUCAACAGGAAUACAAAAUCCUCGCUGAAUACAAAAUGGUCAAAUCAGAAAAGUUAAGUGGUGUUUAUGUUAUACCCAGCUAUGCCAAUUCGCUACAAUGGUUCGGUGUUUUCUUCGGGAGAGGUUUUUAUGCAGACAGUGUAUUUCGGUUUUCCAUCCUUUUGCCUGAUCGUUUUCCCGAUGACAAAAGCGUCCUAUCAAUAAUUUUCCAACACAAUGUCGUUCACCCUCACGUAUGCCCCUUCACGCACAGUCUGGACAUCAGUUGCGCCUUCCCGGAAUGGCGUACGGGCGAAGAUCAUAUAUGGCAAGUCCUGAAAUAUAUGCAGACUAUAUUCGCCGAUCCCGUUGAAAGUAUUCGCAAUGUUACUGUGGAACUUAAUAAUGCCGAGGCAGCUGAGAUCCUAACCCAUAAUAGAGGCGAAUAUGCGGCUUGUGUAAAGCAAUGUAUCGAGGAAAACAAGGCUCAUAUCUAUGAUAUGCCACCCACACAAGACCCGCAUUAUAUUGUCUUUGAAAAGUUUCUACCAGAAGUACACGGUGCUGUGCUAGAGCGCAUACGAACAAGCAAUGCAGACGAUAUUGUGACGUCGGCCGAACCACAAACAACCGGUGGCAUAGCGACUGGAUUGUCAUGGGUAAAGGAGGGGGAGUUCAAGCCCUUGAGUAUUGAAUAGUUUCAUUAAAAAUGCUUUACAAAAAUGAA